AUGAUGGAAAGGCUAAAAAACAGGUAAUAGCAUAGGGGUGCGUGUCAACUGCCACCAAACACCUAUCCGUCGCUCCCUGCUAUUAAUUUCGUCGCCGCAACCUCCGAUCCCAUUCCUCCUCAUCUUCCUACUUUAUAAACCCCAAUACUCUUACUCCAUCAUUAUUCAAACACUCCAAUUUCUCUAUUACACUUGCUUUGGCAAUGGCUACUGAGCUAAAGUCCCAGUCAAUUCUUGAUCUCUUGAGUGGAUAUCUCGAAACUGACGAGGGUAAGCAACUUCAAAAGAAGAUCAACCUCGUUUAUCAGUUCCAUCUCGCCCCCAAGAAAAUUGGGGUAGAUGAAGUGAUUAUUACUGUUAAUCUGAAGAAAGGAGAGGUCACUAAAGGUCCGUAUGAGGGUGGUAAGCCCGAUGCUACCUUUUCCCUAAAGGAUGAAGACUUUGUCAAGCUUGCUGAGGGAAAAUUGAAUCCCCAGAUUGCUUUCAUGAGGGGCGCUUUGAAGAUUAAGGGCAGUCUGAGUGCAGCACAAAAAUUCACCCCUGACAUCUUUCCAAAGCCAUCAAAGCUGUGAGCUUUGUUCAACAGCUCUGCUUUAUUCGGAUGGGGGUUUAUCAAAUUUCGAAUUUAUAUUAAGUUAAUAGGAACAAUUGCUAGCUGUUUAUCAACACCUGUUCAAAUAGGUGCAUAAGUUUUUUCUUUUUCUUUUUGUGUAAUAUAGAACUGAAUUGACGAUUUUCUCUGUUCAUGAAUGAUAUUCAUGAAUUACAAAAUUGCCUAAUUCUCUUUUUAAAUAAGCAAGACAAAUCUUUUUUAGUGCAA